AUGAAAUUCACAUCGUCACACGAUUUGGUGGUCGUGUUGUCGUUUGUGACGGAAGCAACAAGUCGGAUUCUGGUCCGUCAAUCUACGACUAUCGACUACAAUGCCGCUCCACCAAAUCUCUCUACGCUAGCCAAUAACUCGCUUUUCGACACUUGGAGGCCCAAGGCACAUGUUCUACCGGCGUUUGGCCAGAUUGGAGAUCCGUGCAUGCAUUAUACAGACCCUGCAACUGGGCUUUUCCAUGUGGGAUAUCUGCAUCUGGGGGCAUCAGGCGCGACGACGAACGAUCUGGUUACAUACAAGGACUUGAAUCCCAAUUCCGCACCGUUCAUCCGGGCAGGCGGGAUAAAUGAUCCCGUUGCAGUCUUUGACGGCAGUGUGAUUGAAAAAGGUGUAAACGGCACGCCCACGCUCCUCUACACAAGCGUCAGCUACCUUCCCAUCCAAUGGACAAUCCGCUACACAAAGGGAAGCGAAACACAAUCACUAGCCUACGCCACGGACGGCGGCAAAAACUUUACAAAAGCCAAGUUCGGCCCAGUUAUCCCGAGUCCUCCCUUCGCCGUCAACGUAACGGGAUUCAGAGACCCAUUUGUAUUCCAAAGCCCGCAGUUCGAUUCUCUUCUCAGCAAGAAAAAAGAUACGUGGUACACCCUCAUCUCGGGCGGCGUCCACGGUGUCGGCCCCAGCCUCUUCCUCUACGCCCAAUACGACGACUCAGACGCCGCCUUGUUCCAAACCUGGGAGUACAUAGGCGAAUACUGGCACGAAGCCGCAAACACCACCUGGACCGAAUCCAACUGGGCCGGCCGCUGGGGCUUCAACUUUGAAGUCGCAAACAUUUUUUCCUUGGACGAACAUGGCGCCAAUCCCUCAACCGGUGAGACCUUCUUAACCGUAGGCGCAGAAUGGAGCUACGCACCCAUUGUGCCCCAAGUCUCCGACGAAAGAGAUAUGCUCUGGGUCGCCGGCACCCAGUCCCUCGUCGACGGCAAAUUAGUCUUUGAACCGACAAUGGCAGGAAGACUAGAUGCAGGCCGCUCCGCCUACGCGGCAGCCGGCAAGCUUCUCUCGGCAGACUCGCAGCCCAGCUGGGCGAGCGGCGCCCCCGAUCGCGCAAUCACAUAUCUCUGGCUCACAGGCGACCUCUACGGCACCUCUGCCUUCCCCACGGCCCAGCAAAACUGGACAGGCUCCUUGCUUCUCCCCCGCGAACUAUCCUGCUGCUACAUCGACGUCCUCGACACGCCGCUCGCCCGCGAAACCGGCGCGUGGAGGGUCGAGCGCGAGACGGGAGACGGGACGCUACGUCUUGCGACGUUGUGCCAGAAGAUUGCUCGCGAAGUCACAACUGCGUUCAAGACAGAGGCUACAAACGUAAUCACGUUGCCUGCGGAUGAACUGUCUACCGGCGAGCAAUCCAAAUUGGCCCAGACACCAAAGGAGAAUCACUACAUGCUUACUGCUUCUCUGACUUUCCCCGCGCGUACUCAGGGUUUGAAGGCCGGACUUACGAUUCUCUCCGGCGCGCAUGAGACGACACGUGUGGUGUACGAUAUCGGCUCUGAGCGGCUCAGUGUGGAACGUGGGAGGUCGUCGGCGGCGGCGAAUACGACGCAGGGCAUACCUGCGUACGAUGAGGAGGGUUUAUUUCGGCUGUUCGAUUUACCCACCCACGCCAAUGCUUCGCGGAUUGAGACACUGAAUCUGACGAUUGUGGUGGAUGGUGGGGUGGUGGAGGUGCAUGCGAAUGAUCGGUUUGCGCUGAGUACGUGGGUGAGGCCGUGGUAUGCGGAUAGUAAGAGUGUUGGGGUUUUCGCCGAGGGAGAGGGACAAGAAAAGGUCAGCGUGAGCGAGGUGAAGGUUUAUGAGGGGUUGGUGGAUGCAUGGCCCAAGAGAAAUAAGAGGAUUUAG